AGUUGUUGCUGCGUUAGCCAUCUUUUGUAGCUGUUGCCUUAGCUGCGCCUGUGAAGCGCGCCAUGGCUGCAAUGGCAGCGCAAGAGGCCUCUGCCCAGGGAACUGAUAUCCAGAAAAGCCUGAGUGAGGGGACGCCUAUGUGUGUGUUGAAUGAUUUCGACAUGCAGAAUGACGCUAGGCAAGCCCAUGGCGCCGGAGUGAAUCUGCAUGUGAACAUUGCCGAUCAGCCAAUAAUCGCUGCAGAAGAGGAGACGCAGGGCAACGACCAGGAAAGCGACGGCAACCGCAUCACCUUAGAUGCAGAUACGGGUGACCACGAUAUGGCUCAGGUUCCCGGGGGCGCGGCGAAGGUCGAGGAUUCCAUGUCAUGCCUUCGUAGCGAGCGAAGCCGGUUGAAAACUGCCUUAAAGCAAUGCACGAAAUCGCUGCGAAACGAGGCACGACGCCGAAAGCGAUUGCUUGCUCGUGCAGGCAAGUUAGGCAUGACUGACCUAUUGUGGCUGAUGAGCAGGCAACCGAUGAAGCAGUAGAAUCCAGAUCUCUUUUUCUGAGGUGCUGACUGCGAUAUAAAAUCGCAGAGGCGCUAGUUGAAGCCAACAUGCGCUUCAUGCAAUGUGCUCGGAGAAGAGCGCUUUUGCUUGGGAUGCUUUGCCUUGAUGUGCCGCGACAGAAUCGCCGCGGGCACUUCCUGUCUUUGCCGUUGAUUUCAGUCAACGCCGCCUCUUGUGACCACUUGAAGCGGAACAUGUGCUUCCUUGCA